AUGUCUUUGCCGCAACGGCCGGGAAAGGCCUCACCGCGACGAGAAGAAGUCCACUCAGCUUUCCGGGAAUCAUCGCGCAGACGACGACGAGACAGUGACACAGGAGGUCUCACUGAUACGCUAUCGAGCCCAACGUCACAUCGCCAUCAUCAUCACCGACGGCAUCGUUCGCACAGUUCUCGGAGAAAGAAAGAUGUAGACGAAGAGAGAGCAGAUACGGGCGAGGAGGUUAGGCGCAAAAAGAGCUUCGUCAAGCCGGAGCGCAGUCGUAUCGAUCCAGACCAUCCCAACUACCACUACCGCCAACGGUCACAAAACAUGCCCACAUACCCAUCGGCAACAGGACAUGAGCCAUUAAUGGGCGGAGAAGGUGAGAUUGAUACGAAUAGUUCCCGCAGUAUGGAUAGGGCCAAAGAAGGCGUGUAUGGUGAGCAUGGGAAUAUCAACAAGCCCAUGGAGCGGGCUCCGAGCCAGCGUCGGACCAAGAAAAGGAGGCACUCUCGGAAGAUCUCGAAGAAGGCAUCUGCACAGGAAAGGAGACGACAAAAGGCGUUAGAACAAGUCCGUCCCCCAAGCCUGUGGAGUACGUAUUGCGCGAUCAUCACAUUCUGGGCACCAGAUUUUGUUCUUCGGUGCUUUGGAAUGCCACAAAAGGCGCAGCGGAGUGCGUGGCGCGAGAAGAUCGGGCUUAUCAGUAUUAUCCUGCUCAUCGGAGCGUUCGUCGGCUUUUUGACUUUUGGAUUUACGGCCACUGUAUGCGGAACUCCUCCAGUACGGCUGAAGGUCAACCAUGUCACCAAAGGCUAUAUGAUCUUUCAUGGAAAAGCCUACGACUUAUCUAAAUCGAAGCACCCCGCGGCCGCUGGAAUUCCAGGCAGCUCCAACGUUCUCUAUGAUCUGCCCGAUAAGUACGGUGGCCAAGAUGGUAGCUUCUUUUUCCAGCAAGUCAACGGAGCCUGUAAGGGUCUAAUUACACUUGCGGACGGAUCUGAUGUGCCUACCAACUCAAACGGUGACCUAGCCUGGUAUUUCCCAUGUACCGCGUUUAACCAGGAUGGCUCAUCCGAGCCCAACUACACGGAGCCUUACUACAAUGGAUGGGCCUGCCACACAUCAGGAAAGGCCCGGAAAUCGUUUUACGGUCUAGGGAGCUCCGGGGACGUAUAUUACACAUGGGACGAUACGAAAAACAAAAGCAGAAACCUGGCAGUCUACUCUGGAAACGUGCUGGAUCUUGAUCUCCUACGGUGGUUCAAUACUGAUCAGGUCAAAUACCCCGCCAAAUUUGAUCAGCUCCGCACAAACCCAGAUGUGCGCGGCGUCGACCUUACAUAUUACCUUCAGACUGGGGAAGAGAAGAAGAUGGGAAAAUGCCUCUCCCAAAUCAUCAAGGUCGGCAGUAUAGAUACUGACACAGUCGGGUGCAUUGCCUCUAAAGUGGUUCUUUAUGUGUCACUGGUCUUCAUCUUAUCCAUUGUCAUCGUCAAAUUUGCAUUUGCCUUGAUCUUCCAGUGGUUCCUCGCCCCAAGGCUCGCCGCCCAGAAGACGAGUAUGAGCUCGGAUCCCAGGCAACGUAAUCAGCAAAUUGAAGACUGGUCGAAUGACAUUUAUCGACCCGGCCCUCGACUGACAGAUCCUACGGAUCGCCCCAGUAAAAGGGCUAGUUUCCUGCCAACAACUUCCAGGUUCUCGAGCCCUUACACGGUGAGUAACGGCGGGAAACAGCGCCCUCAAUGGGUAACCAUGGCGAGUCAGAACUCCACCAGCCGGUUAGUUCCCGGUGGUGGCUCCAUGUAUAAGCUGAGCCACAAUAGCAGCGGUGGCACCUUGAGUGCGGAUGCGUCCCGCCAGAAUCCUACGGCCAGCCGAACGAGCUUAGUGCAAGACUCCCGCUAUUCCACUGCCAUCGCUGACUCCGACGGCCUUGGAGCGGGUGGGUACAUCCAUGAAGCUGUUGUUCCUCAACCACCGCCGGAGUGGCAGCCCUACGGCUAUCCCUUAGCCCAUGCGCUUUGUUUGGUUACUUGCUAUUCGGAAGGUGAAGACGGGAUCCGUACCACCCUUGAUUCCAUCGCGAUGACCGAUUAUCCUAACAGUCACAAGACCAUUAUUGUUAUUUGUGACGGUAUGAUCAAAGGAAAGGGCGAGGAGUUUUCUACUCCCGAAAUUGUGCUUCGUAUGAUGCGAGAUCCGGUUGUUCCUAUGGAUGAGGUCCAGCCGUUCUCUUACGUAGCAGUGGCAACCGGCUCCAAGCGACAUAAUAUGGCAAAAGUAUAUGCUGGCUUCUAUGACUAUGGAGAGACAUCCAUCAUUCCACCGGAGAAACAGCAGCGCGUUCCGAUGAUGAUCGUUGUGAAAUGUGGAACGCCGUCCGAAGCGAAACAAUCCAAGCCGGGUAACCGCGGCAAACGGGACAGUCAAAUCAUUCUGAUGUCCUUCUUGCAGAAAGUAAUGUUUGAUGAACGGAUGACAGAACUUGAAUUCGAAAUGUUCAACGGCCUCUUACAUGUGACCGGCAUACCCCCGGACUUUUAUGAAGUCGUGCUCAUGGUCGAUGCCGACACGAAGGUCUUCCCGGAUAGUUUAACUCACAUGAUCUCUGCCAUGGUUAAGGAUCCUGAGGUCAUGGGUCUCUGUGGUGAGACUAAGAUCGCUAAUAAGACGGACAGUUGGGUGACUAUGAUUCAAGUGUUCGAGUACUUCAUUUCCCAUCAUCAGUCCAAGUCUUUCGAGUCUGUCUUUGGUGGUGUGACCUGUCUUCCCGGGUGUUUCUCCAUGUAUCGGAUCAAAGCACCGAAAGGAGGCCAGAACUACUGGGUACCGAUCCUUGCCAAUCCCGAUGUGGUGGAACAUUAUUCAGAGAAUGUAGUGGACACUCUGCACAAAAAGAAUCUGCUUCUACUCGGAGAGGAUCGGUACUUGUCAACCCUGAUGCUUCGGACUUUCCCCAAGCGGAAACAGAUCUUUGUGCCCCAGGCUGUUUGCAAAACUCAAGUGCCCGACAAGUUCAUGGUCCUCCUCUCUCAGCGUCGUCGCUGGAUCAAUAGUACGGUUCACAACCUUAUGGAGCUGGUACUGGUGCGAGACCUAUGCGGAACGUUCUGCUUCAGUAUGCAAUUCGUCAUCUUCAUCGAACUGAUUGGAACACUGGUCCUUCCCGCGGCUAUCGCAUUUACCUUCUACGUGGUCAUCUCGUCUAUUGUCAAGAAGCCGGUGCAGGUCAUUCCGCUCGUUCUGUUGGCCCUCAUUCUGGGCCUUCCCGGUGUGCUCAUUGUUGUCACUGCCCACCGAUUGGUCUACGUCUUGUGGAUGUUGAUCUAUCUCAUAUCUCUGCCUAUCUGGAACUUUGUUCUUCCGACCUACUCAUACUGGAAAUUUGACGACUUCAGCUGGGGUGACACACGGAAGACCGCCGGGGAGAAGGACAAGGGACACGAGGCUGGGGAAGGAGAAUUCGACAGUAGUAAGAUCACGAUGAAGCGCUGGCGAGAUUUCGAGAAAGAUCGCCGGCUUCGCAUGCAGGCCGCCUGGGGACAGCCUCCGAUGGGAGGAUAUCCUGCGCGUUACGAAGAAUACUCCGAUUACUAG